GCAAGUGUACUGGUCAGUUGUACCACCGUGGUUGAUGUCCAUACCAGAAAUAGAUCUUAGUAUAAUGGAUAACAUCAAACAUCAUGAAGGCACAGAGUAUCCCAAUAUGGUAAAGCGAAGACUGGAAAAUCAGUGGGGAACUUAUCUUCAGAUAUAUACAGAUGGAUCCCAAGAUCCACAAACUGGGAAGUCAGGCUUUGCUUUUUAUAUCCCACAAUAUGAAUAUGUAAAGCUUAAACGACUGUCUGAGGGGGUAUCGGUGUAUACAACAGAACUUCUAGCUAUUAUAUGGGCACUAAAGUGGAUAGAGGAAGUGCAACCAAGGAGAGCAGUAAUAUGCUCAGAUUCGGCUUCAGUGUUAAAAACUCUGGGAGGAAGUAAUAUGGGAGCUCGGCCAGAUCUGUUUAUGGAGCUGAUGGUUCUGUUGUAUAAAAUCGAAAAGGCUGGAGGGUCAGUGGGAUUUCUCUGGGUCCCUGCACAUGUUGGGGUAGAAGGGAAUGAGGUGGCAGACAAGGUAGCAAAAAUGACUCUGAAAAGAGAUAUUGAUUUAGCAGUUUGUAUUGGGGUCACUGAAUGUAGAUCUGUCAUUAAGGAAAACACUAUAGUAGUAUGGCAGAGGCAGUGGGAAAAGGAAACAAAGGGCCGGCAUUAUUAUGCAAUACAAAACAAAGUAAAGACAGAGCAGAGUUGCUUGGGUAAAUCCAGAAGACAAGCUGUAAUUAUGACAAGACUAAGGCUGGGACACUGUGGAUUUGCAUGGGAUCUAGCGAAGAUAGGCAAACAUGAGGAUGGGCUCUGUAGAACCUGCAAUCAACAACAGACUGUUAAUCAUGUGUUUAUGGAAUGUCAACAGUAUAAAAGGCAAAGAGAACAACUGUAUUCUGAGGUAUCAGGAGAUGGACUACAAGCAGUGUCAUUGAGAGAUAUUUUGAAUCCUCAUGAGAACCAAUCAAGGAUAGUGGAAGCAGUCAUGGAUUUUAUAUCUGCAACAGGAUUAGCCCUCUGAGAAUGAAGGUGCUAUAAAGCGAUACCGAGACUGAACUGUGGGUGGCAGCAAUAUGCCGUAAGGCAUCUAGUCUGCCGGAAAGCCAGUAGAAGAAGAAGAAGAAGAAGAUCGGAUACCAAGAUGCCAAGCCUGGGAAGAAGCGGCAGCUCUGCAGCUACAUGUCCUCCCAAGACCUCAAAUUACUGAAAAGCAGCGGUACCGUAGGUGGUCAGCGAGGGUUUUUCCCCGAUGGUACCGCUGCUGACAACAGUUCUUUAAUGUCCCGACAGCCGUUAGCUGGUCGCUGGCGGGGAUUUCCGAGCUUCGCUCAUCCGCUCCUGAGGGUGGAAGCAGGCGACGGCAUCAUAUUUACUUCUGUUUCAUCAGAGGUCUUUCAUUUUAUUUGCAGAGAAUGCAUACUCAAAGGCUUUAUAGUGGGCUAGGUGGUGGGAAUGUGGAGUUGUAAGGGUUGCACAGAAACGGUGUCAAGUAGGUCCAAUCUUUUGCAUCACUACAAGUUAAAGCAUCCACAUUUUGGACGUAGUUCUCGCUUUCCAUGUACAUACCUGCACUGUCGAUGCACAUUUAAGACAUGGAAUGCCCUUAUAGUCCACCAAAGUAAAAUUCACUCCGCAGGGGUCACUUGCAAAGAGGAAGCAAUAUUCAAUUGCCAACUCUGUGCUUGUAGUGAUUUAGCAUCAGAGAGGGAUUAUUUUGCUCAUAUAAAUGCACAUUUCAAAAGAAAUGAGACUGUCAUUUGUAUGUUUUUAGGUUGCGACUUUAAAACAAACAUUUAUUGCACAUUUAAAUCACACAAAAACCAAAAGCACUGCCUUCACAGUUUGGUUGAUUUUUAAACCUGGAGUAGUUAUACGUACCAGGAUAUCAUCUGUGAAUGAAUUGGUGGAAAAUACUCAGGAGUUCGUCGAACAGUCAAAUGUGGUCAUUCCUUCAAACAGUCCCUCUCAAACUGAGGACUUGCAGAAGAUCAUAGAGCAAAGAUUUGCAGCUGCUUUGCUGAAGUUGGAGCAUUUGGACCAUGUGCCCAGCACAGCUGUUGAUGUGUUUUAGGAGAACUCUAUCAUUUGACUUUUUCUGCACCUGUUCCAUUAUCUUGUGACAUUGUGAGUGAGAUCUUUCAUCAGAGAAACCUCCCUGUCGAUGAACAUAUAAUUAGAGAAACUGUUAAUGCAAUUUGUUCUGGUAAUCCUGUGCAAAGGUCAAUACAAAAAGGUGGCCCUCUCAGUACCGCAUAUCAGCGUAAGAAGUAUUAUAAGGAGAACUUCAGUGUUGUAGAGCCAGUGGAAUAUAUUCUUGAUGCUAAAAACAAACGCAGUUUCCAAUAUGUACCGAUAUUGAAGUCCUUACAACAGCUGUUGUGUAGAAAGGAUAUCAUUGAUGAAGUUGUCGAGGGCCAUCAAAAACAGGAGAGCACAUGUUCUGGAGUGUCAUAUCAGUUCAAGUCAGCAACAGAUGGUUCCCUAUUUAGGGAAAAUAGUUUCCUCACAGGAGAAAAGCCAAGGAUCAUCCUAACUUUUUAUGUGGAUGAUUUUGAAACCUGCAACCCGCUUGGCACCUCGCGAAAGAAACACAAGCUUUGUGCUGUUUAUUGGGUAUUGGCUAACUUGCCUCCGGGAUCUCAUUCAUCAUUGUCAUCUAUCUGUCAGUUUUGUGCAAAACCGAUGAUGUUAAAACCUACGGUUAUGAUCAAAUCUUUGAACCUCUUCCAAAAGAUCUGAAAACUCUGGAGGAGCUGGGUGUUUAUGUCCCGUUGUUAGGUGAGUCAGUUAAAGGUACAGUUCUCAGUGUAGUGGCAGACAACCUGGGAGCACACAGCGUUGCAGGAUUUAUGCAGAGUUUUUCGGUGGAAUACUGUUGCAGAUUUUGCACAGGAAAGAGUACUGAUAUUCAGCUACAUUCUGUUGCAUCUGGUGCUUUCAGUCUGAGAACAAAGGAGCUUCAUCAGGCCCAUGUCAGACAAGCCCAAGACACAGGUACAGGUUUUUGUGGAGUGAAAAAGGAAUGCGUCUUUACAAAAAAUCUGUCUCAUUUUAAUGGCAUCUUUGGCUCCCCACCUGAUCUUGCCCAUGAUGUUUUUGAGGGUAUAAUCCCAGUAGAGCUAGCUCAUUGCUUAACAGUGCUUAUAUCAAGAAAGCUUUUCACGUUAGCAGACCUAAACAAUGCCAUUCUGAAGUUUCCCUACAAAUGGGCUGACAAGACAAACAAACCUCAUGUAGUGUCACAAAGUUUUUCCAGCUCAAAAUCGGUGGGGGGAAAUGCUCAUGAAAACUGGAGCUUGCUCCGCUUCCUACCUUUUUUGGUUGGAUCCCUUGUACCUGAAGAUGAGCCUGCGUGGCUUGUUCUCAUGGAUCUGAAGGACAUUACAGAGCUUAUUGUUGCCCCUGUGCAUAGUGAUGACUCGCUGGCUUUUUUGGAAAGUAAAAUCACUGAGCACAGGCAGAGAUACAAAGAAUUGUUCCCUGACAUCAAGCUGCUUCCAAAACACCAUUAUUUGGAGCACUACCCCCAGAUGAUUAGGCUGUUUGGUCCAAUUGUUGGGCAGUGGACAAUGCGCUUUGAGGCUAAGCAUAGCUUUUUUAAGCAGGUUAUCAGACACACAAGCUGCUUCAAGAAUGUGCCACUCUCAUUAGCCUCAAAGCAUCAGAUGAUGAUUGCAUACCAUCUGAGCGCUCCGUUUCUGAGCAAGUCUGACCUAGAGGUCUCUGCUAUAUCCACUCUACCAGUAGACUUACUCAAAGAGGAGAUAGCCCAAGUCAUCAGGAAAAAGUUCUCUGACACACCUGAGGUUCACCUUGCACAGUGUGUGACAACCAAGGGUAUAACAUAUAGGAAGGGAAUGAUACUGGCCCACAGAGCAGUGGGUGGAAUGCCUGAAUUCAGUGAAAUUGACCAAAUCUGCAUUUUACAUGAGAGUAUAUUCUGUAUUGUCAAAGAGCUAUGUGGUUGGUACAGAGAGCAUUAUAGAGCCUUUGAACUCAGCCAAGCACCCACAAGAACAUUCACUGUCAUGGCACUCAGUGAACUCCUUGAUACUUGUCCGCUUGUUGACUACAAGAUUGGAGCAACCCGCAUGGUGACUUUGAAAAGGCAUAUUGAAAUCAAAGCUUUGAAGAUGGGGACUCCUGUGAUCCUUAAGAUCGUCUUGACUGAUGGCAGCUCUCAGAGGUUGACUCUUUCCCAUGGACUCCCUGCAUCCAUUGAUGACCUUAUGAUUGAAGUCAAGAAACAGUGUGGACUUCAGGGCAAUUUUCGACUUCAAUUUAUGGAUUCCUUGUUUGGAAAUGAGUUCCUCAACCUUACCUCAAUUUCAGAAGCAGAAGACAAAGGUACUCUUAGAGUCAUUGAUAUGGCAAUGCCCCCAACUUUGCCGUAUAAUAAUGAGAUGGGUUCUCCAGUCCUAAUACCCCAAGCAUUCAACCCUUUGUCUUCCUCUGUAAGUGACUCUUCGUCCCUCUCAGCUGAAUCUGUGGAUACAGAUGUACUGUCAUCGAGUGAGUCGACGAGCUCGCGGUCUUCUUGGCCAGCUGUUUUUCAUGUGCCUAAGUUCUCCUAUGAUGCUGAAUUAAAACUUCAGCAGGCAAGUUUAGCCUAUAUUCGAAACGGCACUGUACUGAUUCCAGAUCCCAAGUUGAAGUCAGCCAUCCUUGAUGGUUUAGUGGAGGAAAUUGUGCAGUAUAAAGUUUAUGUCAGUGAUAAGGAGAUGAACAGGUAGCCCAGAGUCUUAUCAAGACACAUCCAUGUUUAACUGAGAAGGGGUCCUGCAGUGGAUGUGGCGGAUGGAAGACCAGUUUAAAAUAUCUAACUACCGCACACACCUGAGAAAACUGGGUUGCCCAGAGGUAACAGUGAACUCUUUAAAAAACAAACCUGCAGGAAGAUGCAGUGCAGCCUUUGGUGUCAAAAAGGCAAAGAGAGCAGAGGUGAAUUUUUGCCCGACAUACCCAACAGCAGAAACUGAGGAGAGUCUUGAGGCCAUGCAGAAAGCUCUACUAUUAGAUGUAAAGAAGAGGAACAACAGGGAGGUUGUGAAACUCAAGAUGGAAAAGACUUUUGAACACAGAAGACAUGAAGUAGUUUGUGAUGGACCAAUGGUGGAGGAUUUCAUGGCGAGGUGGCCUGCCCUAUUUGACGUCCCUGAGAUCAACGCUGAAUUCAAGAGAAUCCCCACCGUCCCACUUCAAUCCAAGUUCCUGUCUCAGCUGGAUCUCCACUCUGACAACCUGAUGAGGCUGUUCCAAAACAGAGGAGGACAGCUAGGGAAAAGGCUACAAAGAAUCAUUGCACAAAUGGCAGAUUGUGAUGAUGUAGAC